AUGAAUCAAGCUUCAAGAGGCUCACGCGUUGUAUUUGUUGGAAACAUCCCAUUCGAACUCUCAGAAGAACAACUCAUCGAAGUGUUUAAAGAAGUUGGACCUGUUGCAUCAUUCCGCCUUUUAUUUGAUCGUGAAACCGGUAGACCCAAGGGUUAUGGAUUCUGUGAAUUUCUUGACGCCGAGACAGCAGCCAGUGCAGUGAGAAAUUUAAACGAUUAUGAAAUUGGAGGACGUCAAUUACGAGUUGAUUAUGCUGCCAUGGACGACAACCAAGGUAGACCGGGCCAUCAAGGAGGAGGCAAUCAGAAUCAAAAUAGACAUCAUAACGCACCUCCUCCACCCAUGCCACAACAGCAACAACACAUGCCACCACCACCACCACAACAACAACAAGCACCACCAACUCAAUUACCACCACAACAACAAGCACCUCAUGUCAACAUGUCAUCCGUAGACGAAAUCUCCAAAGUGCUUGCCUCCAUGAACUCUCAAGAUUUAUUCACACUCAUGAGCCAGAUGAAGCAAAUGUCAUUUGAAAGAGCAGACUUUACAAGAGAGUUUCUUACAUCGAAUCCUCAGGUAGCUUAUGCGCUAUUUCAAGCCAUGGUGAUGAUGAACAUUGUGGAUCCCAAUAUAAUCACUCGCAUGAUGACAGCUGCCAUUGUACCUCCUGUUGUUGCUGCUGUUCCUCCUCAACCUCAGCCUAUUGUUGCGCCUAUCGCAGUAGCGCCUCCUCCACCUGUAUUACAGCAAGCUCCACCUAUGAUGGGCGGUAUCGUGCCUGGAAUGCAACAGCCCAUGGAAGAUGAAACCGAGCAGCAAAAGGCACUACUGAUGAAGGUACUGCAACUCACAGACGAACAAAUCAAUGCACUUCCUCCUCAGACAAGAGAUCAAAUUAGAACAUUGAAAAAUCAAUUGACUAUGCAACAAUAA